AUGGGUGAACACAGUCCUGCACCCGUGGGCCUAGGCGCACGCCUUCAACAGCUCGAACAGUUCUCACACGAUGACCCGCGCGGCAGAUAUCUCGAGGCGUCCGACCACGAGAGCCUCUUCAAGCCUCACGGCUUCGAGGAGCAUAUUAUCGACCUGGGAGAGGUUCGUAUGAACUACGCCGUGGCUGGACCUGAUGAUAAACCAGCCUUGCUCCUGAUCCCAGGGCAGACAGAGUCGUGGUGGGGCUACGAGAAUGCCAUGCGGCUCCUCUCUGAGUCGUACCAGGUCUACGCCGUCGACCUCCGCGGACAGGGCCGGUCGACCUGGACGCCUGGCCGCUACAGCCUGGACAACUUUGGCAACGAUCUGGUCCGCUUCAUCGACCUGGUGAUCAAGCGGCCCGUCAUCGUCAGCGGCCUCUCGUCAGGCGGUGUCCUGAGCGCGUGGCUGUCUGCGUUUGCCAAACCAGGCCAAGUCAUCGCUGCCGUGUACGAGGACCCGCCCCUGUUUGCUUCGGAGCUCACGCCAGCAGUCGGCCAGUCGGUGAGGCAGACCAUCGCAGGGCCGCUGUUCAGGAUCUGGAGCAAGUGGCUCGGCCCGCAGUGGUCGAUCGGCAACGAGGACGGCAUGGUGCAGGCCAUGGCCCACGAGCUGCCUUCGUGGAUCGCAAAGGCGCUGACGAGCAUCAUGUCGGACACCAAGACGGCACCCUUCAUGGGCCCUGCGCCAGAGCUGAAGGAGUAUGAUCCUGAAUGGGGCGAUGCCUUUUGGAACGGCCGCGUGGCUCUGACCUGCGACCACGAGAACAUGCUCAAGCACGUCAAAGUGCCGGUCCUGUUCACCCAUCACUUCCGCCACGUCGACGUCAACACUGGGAACCUGGUGGGCGCGAGCUCAGACACGCAGAUCCAGCAUGUGCAGAAGCUGGUCGAGGGCGCAGGCAACUCGUUCACCUACCAGUCGUUUCCCAAGAUGCCUCACUCGAUGCACGAGGCCGACCCCGUCUGCUACGUCACGACCAUGACGGACUGGUUGGCCACCAAGGGCCUGGGCGAGGCGCUCAAGCCGACAAAGGACCAGCUGCCCAAGAAGGAGGAGAGCGAUGGAGAGGAGAAGUACGAGCCAGCCAGCCUGGAAACAGCGGCGCCGCCCACCGUCAAGGUGGAUGGCGUCUGGAACCUGUCGGUGCAGACUCCCAUCGGCAAACAGUCCGUGACGCUGACGCUCCAGUCAGAUGGGAACAAGUUGUCAGGGGCGCUGGACGGUGGGGAGGGAAGAAACGAGAUCACAGAAGGUACAAUAGAUGGCUCGUCCGUCUUCUUCCGUGCCUCGCUCAAGAAGCCCGUCAGGGUCAGAGUCAGCUACAAGGCACAGGUUGAUGGGGACUCCAUGACCGGGACAGCCAAGACGCCACUGCUUCCAACCAUCAACUUCUCAGGCAAACGUGCUGCUGCAUCUUCAUGA